AUGGUCGCCACAAGUUUUAAAAGUGAAACUCCUUUUGAAAAGAGAAAAGAGAUUUCAGAUAGAAUAAAGAGUAAAUAUGCAGAUAGAAUUCCAGUUAUUGUAGAAAAAGCACCAAAAUCAGAUGCCCCAGACUUGGAUAAAAAGAAAUAUUUAGUACCAAAUGAUAUUACUAUCGGAAAAUUUAUAUAUGAAUUACGUAAAAAUACAGCUAGUAAAGUGAACGCAGAAAAAGCAAUUUAUUUAUUUAUCAAUAAUACUAUUCCACCUACUGCAGCUUUAAUGUCACAAAUUUACGAACGUUAUAAAGAUGAAGAUGGUUUUUUAUAUAUAACAUAUAGUGGUGAAAAUACUUUUGGUUUUAAUUAA